CCAGAGUCUCUCCAAGAUGAACAAGUUUGCUCACUUAGGCUCCAACCUUGGGCACAAGCAGGAAAACGAAGGCCAGACAGGCUCAAGCGGUGGCCAGACUGACUACCUCGACAGAGGUCUUAACAACGCCGAGCAGAGAGUUGGCGGCCAGCACUAUGAUGAAGAGAAGAUGAAGAAGCCCAACAAGAAGGUUACCGACAAAAUCAAGGAUGUGUUCCAUGGCAAGACUGGUCACAACAUGCCCGGAACCCAUUGAUCGUGCUCUUUUAUAUUGAACCAUGUGGUUUGGUCAAGCUGGGCUGGCCAAGUGUAUAUGUAGUUUAAUCAACGCGUCUCAGUCUC